AUGGACACAAUUUAUCAGAAGCAGCAGGUAGUCAGCGAGAACAAAUCCGGAUGCGAAGAUAUCUGGGAGAAGAUUUGUCAAGUACAAGGUCGUGAUCCCGAACAACAUCCCGAUUUCACCGGAAGUUAUGAAGAUUUGGAUGACUCGGAAGGUAAUGGUUCCACUGGGAUAGUGUACACUCAACGGGCAGCGGGAGGCGGAGCAGCGAUCACCCUCCCUCCAUGCGAGGUGAAUACGCUCGCAGAUAUCGAGGCGAUGCUUUCGAACAGUUUCGGUUCUGCAGCGCUUCGAGAAAAACUUGCCAUCGCUGUUGAAAAUCAAGGAUAUGUUGCUAAAUUAUGUGAUGUGUUUCGUAUGUGUGAAGAUCUGGAACACAUCGAAGCGUUGCAUACCUUGCACCAAAUUGCUCGUAAUUUAUUCAUGCUAAAUCGCAAUACACUUUUGGAGAUUUUGCUCAGCGAAAAGCAUUUCAAAGAUAUCGUUGGAAUGCUAGAAUAUGAUCCUGCUGAGCCAAAACCGCGAAAACACCGAGAAUUCCUUUUUGAAAAGGCGCGGUUUCGCGAAGUCCUGCCUAUCCACAACGAAGAAUUGCGUCAAAAAAUACAUCAGACAUACAGAGUUCAGUAUGUCCAGGAUGUCUGCUUGCCGGCGCCUUCAUUAUUCGAGGAGAAUUUACUCUCUGUUUUGAACAGUCAUUUAUUUUUCAACCGGAUCGAUAUCGUUAGUUUGCUGCAGGACGAUAAACAGCUACUCAAAGACUUAUUCGAUCAGUUGAAGGACUCCGAAACAACCCCUGAAAGAAGGAAAGAUUUAGCAAUGUUUCUGAAGGAAUUUUGUUGCUUCUCGACAUCGUUGCAACCAAAUGGACCGCAGGGUCGAGAAAGCUUUUAUAAGACGCUCAUGCAGAACGAUGUGUUGGCUACUGUCGAACCAUGUAUCAUGAGCAAGGAUGCGCAGACACGAGCGGCCACUGUUGAAAUGUUUGUUAUGAUAGUGGAAAUCAAUCCGCAGAGUCAGUUGUUGCUCAACAAACUGAUUGAUUACAUGCUAACGGAUCGCGAUCCAGAACUGACGUCCGCGGCCACAAUGGUAAAAGUGAUGCAGUCGUUGCUUGAUCCUGACAAUAUGAUUGCGACACAAAAUGCGAAAUCUGAGAGACACGAGUUCCUCACAUUCUUUUAUCGUCGCUCCAUGGAAACGCUUUAUGAUUAUCACUGUGCCAAUCAACAGGCAAUGAUUAUCGAUAUACUAUGUUUUUGCUUCGAGCAUCACGCCGCCCAUAUGCGCAACUACUGCAUCAACAAUAAACUGCUGAACCGCGUGCUCGUCCUCCUCAAGAGUAAACAUCAUUUCCUGGCUCUUAGUGCCUUACGUUUGUUUCGACGAGUGGUCCAGUUGAAAGAUGAAUUUUAUUUCCGCUAUACAAUACGGGAUGAUGUAAUGCGACCGAUUGUUGAAUGCUUCAAAAGAAAUGGUCACCGAUACAACCUUUUGAAUUCGGCUAUAAUUGAGCUUUUUGAAUUUAUACGGAUG